AUGGCGAGCGGCGACGCUACUCUGUUCGAAGAAUCAUUCACUGUGACUGAGUAUGAUCAGUCCAAGUAUGACCGUGUCGCCCGCAUUUCGUGCACUUCAAGCGACUCUCAGACUGUUAUGACUCUAGAUAUCAACAUCGAGCUCUUCCCCUGUGCUGUUUCAGACACCCUGCACGUAGUUCUGUCUACUACCCUCUCCCUUGACGGAAGCAAGGAGGACGAGAAGGGCUGGCGAGACGUUGGCAAAGGUGGUGAUGCGCCAGCGACAGCCGCCGACCUUUACGACUACGUGUGCCAUGGAAAGAUCUAUAAGUUCGAGGAGACAUUCGAUGGAAAUACCAUCAAUGCCUACUGCUCUUUCGGCGGUCUUCUUAUGUCGCUUCAAGGCCCUAUCAAGAAACUGACCCCCCUCCGUGUCGACAACGUCUACCUACUCGUCAAGAAAUGA